UUUGAGUUUAUAUUAGUUUUACAUAUGGUGACGUAUUUUCUUCAUGUGUGCAUGUAUGGAAAUGAGUUGAUUAAAUAACUACCAGGAGUUGUGUACAAUGAAUGAUCAUCGAAACCUGUACCGAAACUCAAGCCAAAGACUAACGACGACCAUUAUCCUCUAAAGUUAGAAACAGAGUAAUAGUUAGGGCGUGAAGUGUGAGUGUGAGUGGCACAGCUGAUUUACAGAGCUGUGCACUGACCAGAGGUUAGUGUUUUCUUUUUACGAGGAAGUGGGAUGUGGUCGCUUGGAUUCAGGACUGCUGUAGGAACCUGUAGCUAUAAAUCUUCAGUGGGACGGCGGUCAAACUUAGAAUGGCUACAGAGGAUCGAGUAUUAAAGUCAUCUCUAGCCGUCGGCGAUGGAGCUGAAAAUGAACACGCAACAGAAUGGAAGAGCAGGAGAGCGGAGCGCGCGCGAGCUCCGGUGCCUCUCUCUCAUCAGGUGGCUGGUCACAAGUACGGCAUCCAUAAAGUCGGUAUCCUACAACACUAUGAUGGGACUGUACUGAAACAGCUGCAGCCUCCACCCAGGGGCCCAUGUGAGAUGCAAUUCUACACACAGGUGUUUUCUCAAGACUGUACAGAUCCACACCUACUGGCCUUACAACAACACCUACCCAAAUACUAUGGCACAUGGUCAUCUCCAGAUAAACCAAAUGAGCUGUAUAUGAAGCUGGAGGAUGUGGCCGGGAGGUUCACAUGUCCAUGCAUCAUGGAUGUGAAGAUUGGGAGAAAAAGCUAUGAUCCGUUUGCCUCACAAGAGAAACGGGAAGAGCACAUUAGAAAGUAUCCUCUAAUGGAAGAGAUUGGGUUCUUGAUUUUAGGAAUGAGGGUUUACCACAUAGCUUCAGGAAGUUAUAUUAGUCAUGAACAGUUCUUUGGACGCAGUCUGACGAAGGAAACACUCAAAACUGGAUUAGCUAGAUUUUUCCAUAAUGGAGAGGAGCUAAGAAAAGAUGCCAUUUCUACUAGCAUCCAUAAAAUCCGUAACAUCCUGCGUUGGUUUGAGGGCCAGAAGCAGCUCCACUUCUAUGCCAGCUCUCUGUUGUUUGUGUAUGAGGGCUCGCAUCACAUAGGCAAUGCAAAGAAUGGAAAUGAAACUCUGACAGUACAGGAAUAUAGAGCUGAGCCAGAGAACAGAAGUAAUGUUCACCUCAGUAGCUCAAAGCUGAAGAUCUCAUGUGGACAGGUAAACUGUAGUAGCAUUCUUGAAGCCAUUCACAAUGUGAGGAAAGUGAAUGGGUUUGGGUCUCACUCUUUACAUCACCAGUCUAUGGGAAUUACUGCUGACAUGGAGGCAAAAGAAAACACUGUGGUUGAAGGCAAAAGAUCAAAUGGUGGGAAAGAGGAAAAUGUAGAGGUCAGGAUGAUUGAUUUUGCCCACGUGUUUCCCAGUGACAGCUCAGAUGAUGGCUACAUGUAUGGACUGAGGAGCCUCCUCUUUGUUCUGGAGCAGAUACUUAAAGACUGACUAUAUGUCCUCUAAGAUAAUACCAGUUAUAUGGCUUGGAUAACUUUGAUAGACUUUUUUUCUAUCAUGGGUUUAUCAAAAUUCAUCUUGUAAGGAUGUUGAAAUAGUGAGGUGGAGUCAGUAAUUUAUUAUAUAAUGAAUGGUACCUAAGAUAUACUCUGCUGGUUGAUGGCAGGAAGAUGUUUAUUGCAGAUUACCUUUUUUAAUUAAAAUCACCAUACUUACUGACCCCCCUAAAAACAAACAAAAAAGAAACAAACAGAUGAAUCUAGGUGACAGUGAAUGUAACUGAAAUGAAUUUAUUAAAAAACAAAACAAAACAAGGAAGAUGUAAAGCAAACUUGUCUAGAACACAGCUCAUAUGUGAAUAUUUGAGUUGAUUAUUCUUUAUAUUUCUAUUAUGGUCUCAAUAAAUGUAUGCCUAUAUUAGGAAUGAGGUGUGUAUUUUUAAAAUAACUGUAGGUGAUGAUUCUUUUGCCUUGGUUAAUACAUUUUAAUAGUAUUUUAAUAAAUGAUAUGACUUUGUAUUAAUUCUCUCCACAUUCAUUAUUUGUUUUGAUGUAAUUCUUGGCAUGGUCACUUGGUGGCACCAGACUCUUUUGCUAAGCUACUUAAUGGGUU